CAUAAAUACACAAGAACUCCAAUGUUAGAACUCUAUAACGUAUUCAGACACAACAUUUUUGGCUCUUCAGUAGCCACUGAAGUCUGCUGGUCUAUCUAGUGGACCAACACCUAACCUAACCUCCAACGUAAAGAUUAAGUACUUCUCUACAGAGCUUCCCAUUUGUGGUCUGAUACUUCUUUAGCCUGAUGAAGGAACGAUGGGCAGGUCAUCUUUCUACCUCGACUGCGAGCAGGACUAUGGUGUUUCUGUGUCUUCGGGUCCCCACGUCGCCCCUAGCGAUCUCGCCUACACCGCGUGGUUUGAAUCGCGACUCCAUGACUUUCAGCACUGGCAGGGGCAUCCAUGGUAUGCCCAUGGUGCUAAGGCUAGCAGCGUUGUCGCGGGCACUGCAGGCGGCUGGUCUGCUUAUGGCUACAUAAUAUAUUAAUCCGUUGUUUUGGUGGAUGAUCCCUCAACCUGCGUGUAGUACAACUACAAGGGUGGAAAAGCCAAGGAUAUACAGCCUUAAAUUUUUGUGGCGAUUGUCGUAACAGAAUCAAUCAGAAAAGAACUACAUGAAGAAUGUUUGUGUAUCAUGUCCGCGUUGGGGGUAGACACUAAAAAUAGCUACAUAAAAAGAGGUGUCAUAGACACUAAUGCUAGCUACAUAAAAAGAGGUGCCAUGACAUGACAUGACAUCUAACCUGCCGUAACGGGGGAUCCGGAUGUUGCUGCGCGUAUCUGUGCAAAGGACCCCACCUGUGGCGGCUUUUGCAGCAAUCCGCAGCUCCAUCGCUCUUACUUCUACGACUCUCACCUGCUGACGCGCAGGGAAAUGUUUCUCCGCAAGGAGAUUCAUGAUCGAGCAGGAGAGUUCGUUAAGGCAAGAACCAAGAGAUGAGCAUCCUCAGCGCCUUCCUUGGUGGCUUUUUCAAGGGGAAAAAGAACUUCUAUGUUCCAAGGAUAAGAAGACUCCCAAGGAAGAAAGGGACCAGGGAUGGUCUCAGGGAUCAUGCGACACGGUGCAACUCUAAGCUCGAGAACACUUCCUCCUUGGCUCCUGAGGGCACCAGUGCAGAUAUGUCGCCAAGCAACCGCUGGCUCUGCUACGGCGAACACACGCCACCUGUGGUGGACUUCGUGAGACGCAGUGGCACCAUGUACAAAAAAGCUCCUGUAGCCUACAUGAAAGCAGAUCUAAGGACGCAAGAAGCAGAAGACGCAUCAUCAUCUUCUUCUUCUUCUAGAGAUGGUGAUGGUCAAUCAGCACAGCAGGAUGGGCAAGGUCAAGCAGCACAGGACGAUGGAGGUGAACGAUCACAACAGGAUGCUGGUGGAGACGGAGAAGAAGGAGUAAUCAUGAUGUCCCAGCAUGCGCCUCCACGGAUCUUCAAGAAAGAACUGCGGAUUGCAUCGCUGUCCGCGGGAGGCACGUUACCCAGUCGAGGAGUACCUUUAUCCGAUGCGGAGAGGGUACACAUGAUGAAAGAGAUCUGCGCGAACCAGAGUUGGACUGCUGGCGUUUACGCAGGAAAGUCACUUGUAGCAGUAAAAGAGGGUGACGAGAGCAAACACGGUACUUCUAGAGCAGUUCUUUCCUGUACGUGUAUCCUCUGCUGCAAAAACGAACAAUGCACUGCAGAUGUAUGUGCAUGUGUAUCCUCUGCUGCAAAAACGAACAAUGCACUGCAGAUCUAGUUCUUUCCUGUUUUCAUCUGCAGUGCAUUGUUCGUUUUUGCAGCUACGCAGUCGUAACUACAACUACCAACUAAGUAAUCAACGUCACUUUCUGAUAGGGUGUCUUGUGAUGCAUUCUUUUCAUCAACAAACGUUCUGUUAGCUGCCAUUUGGCUUCUACGGUGAUCACGGAUGGUCAUAUCAGGGACACACAUUUGCUGGCAGGAUCAUAUCGAUAUGCUCUGCAGCACCACAUCACUAUAGUAUAGUCCUUAUGCUCAAUAUCUCCUCAGGUCCGAUGUGUCAUGGCUUUUGCUACAACAGGCAGAGCAAGCGUGGUUACUUUUACAAGGACCUACUACAAAACCCUGAACAAGCAAGAGAAGCCUCACAGGACUUACCUGCUUCAUCUGGUGACGUGAAACAAGGCAUUCCACGUGCACCAGAUAAGGGUGAACCAGCAACAGGAGACGCAGCAGUUGACAAUCCUGCAGCGCCGCCUCUUUUAAGGUUUACUUACCAUAAUUUUCCAUCUUCAGUAGAUAGUACUUACAUCUUGGAGGAGCUUGUCCCAGAACCUCUACAGCUUCAAAGUGAACUUCAAAACGGGAGCUCGUCACAUCUUUCGAGUAAGCUCUAAUCCCUGGAGAAGAAAAGCAUGCAGAUCCAUUGAACGACGGUCCUGGUGAUAUGGACACACCGGGAGCAUCAACUCUGAACGCACCACCUGCAUCAUCUGCGACACAGUUUGUUGCGGAGUCAUCUUCGGAUUCCAGCAGUGGCCUGACCCCCGUUGGCAUCCAGCUUCGUCCCCCGGCGAAGACAUUAGAGGAAGCCCCCGAUGUCAGAACGCAGAAUCCAGAGCUGAUCACGAACAAUGCUGAUCACAAAGCUGCGGACAACGCUGACGAGUGGGAGUGUUAUUAUGCGGAUGCGGAAGAGCAAGAAACAGUCAGUCGUGGCGUGGUCGAACGAAACGCCAAAGCUACACAGUGGGAUUGGCUUCAGAAGAAGGAGUGUGACCAUGAUCCUUGGGGCUAUGUAAGUCCUGACUGCAAAAAACGAGGGCCCGCGUCGCAUUUCUGCCUUAGGAGUCGAUGCAGACCGCCGCCACCACCAUCAGGAAGGAGAAAUCCAACGCAACAGAUCCUCGGUUUUGGCACAUCUCUUUUUCACGGUUGGGAUCAGGAUCUGCGACUGCAGAAGACCGCUGCUGCAGUCCUUUUCGGGAACGUUUUGUCGAAGACAAGUAGCGCAUCUAGUGAACUUGAUGCCCUUUACACCAGUGAAGAUCCGGCAGCGCAAGUAUUCGCGGUUCCCAAGAACAGUCACAUUUCCUUAGAUGCAGCAAGGCUGAGGAAUUCCGGUGCCGGUGCACGAGGACUCUGCAAGCGCGUGGCAGCCGCUUUUUCCGGAAAGACAACAGUUGGGACGCUAGGAGUCUUGCGGAAAGGAAAGCUAGUCCCCGAAGCCUGCUCAGGCGGACCCGGCAUGCUGGUGAAAACACGUGGAGACCAUGAAGAUGAUAAAAGCAGAGGCAAGGAUCAGUGGUUCUUCUGUUGCGAUGGUCAUGAGCAUGCUGGUCGCGUCGCUGAAGAUGAAAAUGCUGUCAAAGAGGAUCAAGCAGGAGGGUCUUCUAGCACAAUGGACGAAGGUGGAGCACCGAAGAAGCUGGGCAAAAACCUGGUUUGCGAGCCAUUAUCCGAAAUGGUUAGCCCAAAAGCAUGCUUGCACGCCAUCCACCAAGCCUUCGUUGGGAAAGAGGAUCUCCUUUCCUUAGCCGAAAAAGAGGCAAAAUGUGCGCAGCUUUGCUUCGUGCGGCCUACCCUUGAAAAGCAAAAAGGUAUCAUAGUUAAGGCUACUGAUAAAGCGUCCUCAGCUACAUCGAUCCCUGGCUUUUUUUUCUACUCGAGUGAAGGAAGCCAAAAAUAAGUGCUCUGAGGAAUGCUCUGAGGAAGUGCGGCUCUAACGUAGGAAGAAUCGCUGCGGCAUUGGGUGAGGCGAGAGACGACGCUUUGUCCUCGGUGCAGUACUUAACCGGACUACAGACGUCAGCUCCUUCCCCAAAAGGCCCGCCAGGAAAUUUUAGAGUGGACUGCUUCGAUCCUGGAAGUCGAAAUGAACUCUAUGUGCCUGGACCAAGCAGCUUAGGAUUAGGAGAUAGUACAGUGAAGAUCGACCCAGGGGGGCCGUUGGACGUGCGAAAAGCAGGAAUGUGGCCCAUUGGCGUUGUUUUUCUAUAGUACUGUUGUGCUUAGCUAGGUACCGUAACAGCACGUUUUUGAUACAACAAUCCAAGAAUGAAGAAGGCGAACGCGGU